UUUUGCGAGUAGCGUGUAGUUAGGAAGUUGUCAUGCGCGAUGUCCAUCGCUUCUUCGCCAUCUCGAGUCUUCUAAAACCUCGCGUAGAAUUGGGAAACUAGCUACGCCAUCAACAUCGUUGAACUCGUCUUCAAUGUAUUAUCAAAAACACACUGCAGAGAGGUUUUUGGACAGACUUCAGUUCCGCCAGCGACGAGCUAGAGACUAACUUUAGCUACUGUUAGCUGUUGAUAACGAAGUGGUAAGGUAAAUAACUUAACGCUGCCGGACUAUUUUUCAAAAGUUCUCUAAUUUCGUCGAUGUGUCCUCCCUCGCCACCUUCACGGGACUUUGAAGUCAUGUUGGGCGAAUCACUAAGUCACCCUAUUAAAAACAAUAAGCCAUCCGUUUUGACAUCCCACCAUGUCGGGGCCAGCCUAAGCAAACCAAAGCAAGCAAUGUUGAAGAAAGAUGGGAGAAAAUUGCGUUCGACAACGUUGGGGUUACAGCGGACACACCAGCAAAAACCGACGAGGAUCAACCCCAUGCACCUGACAGACAACAAUGUCGCAGUUUCGAAAUCCCCAGUGCAGAGUGCCGAGUUCGCGAACAACCGGACCCAGGCGACUGCGUUGACCCUUCACAAUCUUAAACAGGGAACAAAGAAAGAGCUACUAAAGUCAAAAAGUGGGAGAGUGGAGAGAGCCACAGGACCAGCAGGCCAGUCUGUCCACAACCUCAAUAGACACAAUCAAGAUGCCCAGAAUCUGAACACCCGGAGCCAUAGGAGUAGGCAUUCUAAUGCACCUGGCAAUGCUCUCUCAGUAAUGAAAAACCACAGCAGUUGCCACCAGAAGCCACCCUCUGCUACCUUCCAGCUCCUCUGUCGAGAGGAGAAGUCCUUCAACUCAGCUGAAAGUGCCAAGAUCGUGAAUGUAACCCCAGCUGAGCUUGUACCCGAGGAGGAGCUCAAAGACGGAGAGAAGAUCUAUGCUGGAGCUAAAUUCAGCGAGCCCCCGUCUCCAAGUGUCCUGCCCAAACCACCCAGUCACUGGGUUGGUGAAACUGUGCCCCAACAUUCCGACCACAGCCGUGAGAAAAUGACUUUUCAUUUGAAGUCUUUGCUGAAGGUUGAAGAUAAACCAUGAUCACAAUGGAUGGAAACCUGGAACGAUCCUUCUAUACCCGAUCAAUGACAACACAUUUGGCACUGAAAAACUGGACCGAUAACUUAACAGCAAUCGAAUGUAAUGAGUUUUUGAUCUGUAAUACAAUUUCACAUAGUUUUGAGCAAGCAGGCUUGUUUUUAUUUGAUUUUUAAUGAACUUCUGUAAACAUGUAAAAUUACUAUUUUUCAUGUUAUUUUAACAGAAAGUAUAGUUUUGUUACUGAAGCCCAAAAUAAUGUUCACCAUGAAUUGGUGCACUUUUUUACUGUAAAUUAUGGGAUGCAUUGCCCAUUUUAAGGGGCAUUGAACGUAAGAAAACAUUUUACAAAUUUGCACAAAACUGUCUGAAAAACAAAACAUGGGUCCCCAUAGCGGCGAGCAUAGAGUUGUGACGGUUUGGGGUUCUGUGAACCUCACCCCACCUGUUGUGGCUGCUAUUGCCCUCAAAGCACUGUAGAGGAUAGAAUUCUCUCGAAGGAAGAUUGUUUCACAACUCCUGUAAUACAGUACACAUUUUCGUCCUGUAGUACAAAAAUAAUCUUGCCAGCUCAACGGCCGAUUGAGCUGGCUGGGUGGGCGAGAUUAAGAAGAUGGAGUGGCGAUGUGAAAGUCUCAGAAUCAGUGAUUACCUUUGAAGAGGACAACUGCUGCUGCAGAAAACAGACAUUCAGCACUGAGUACUUAUUCUUUUAAAUCUCUAGCACUGACUCAUUUCUGUUUUGUUUUUUUAAAUGCUUUGUGUUUUUAUUUCAGGUUUUUCAUUUUCCCAUCUAAAGCACAGAAUUAUAUUUACCCGAAGUGAUCUUGAUUAUUAUGUAACACCUUUGACCCUAGCUAACAGAUUGUAACGGACUAAUGUGAUAAGAUCCUGAUGCUUCAUUAGCUGUUACAGAUUAGGUACUGUUUGGCGUAACACAAAGAAUUUUUGACGAACCUUAACGUGGCGACACUUCCUCAAUUCCUGACAACCAGUGUCUUCUAAACAUCCAUGUCUAGUUGCAGGGGGUUUGUUUGAAUUUAGAAAGUGCGCCGUUAUUAAAUUUAAAUCAAUGUGUAUGCCACCAUCUUGUCUAUUUCAAAUCUUCUCUCAUUGACCAAGAUAGGUGAUUUGACCUCUGGAGCCAGGCAGCUGCUAGUUCGUGUUCCUUGACUCUUAGUGAUGUCACAAUGAUGAAAUUGUAUUACUGUACCUAAGAUCGACUCAUGAUGUUGCAAUUGUUAAAAGAAAAGUGAUUUUAGUCCAGUCACUAAAUUUGUAUUCAUGUUUUUUUUAAACAUCCCCCCACAUGGUAAUUAGGGGAAGAAAAAAAAAAAAAUUUUGGGGUGCAUUUAAUAUCUAAAUUGACAUUAAAAUAUUGUCUACCCCCAAUAUGUUCUAUGUCUGUUCCCUACCAGCUCUCACCAGAAAAAAUGUCUCGGUUGAAAAGGCUGAUGGCACAAACUUCUUAAUGCCAGUCAGUCUUUCAUAAAUGUAUGGGUUUAUUACACUACAUCUAAUAUGUGUUAUAUUAAUCUAAUAUAUAUUACAUAUGUAGGCUCUUAAUCAGAUCACCCUGUUGCAGGAUAACUUUCCUCCAAGGCAGGACAUUUUAAAAUGUGUGGGUUUUGUUUAGGCUUAAAAAUGCUUCUGAAGUUUAAUUUCCACUUUGCAAUUUCAGACUUGAUUCUUCCUUAUGAAAAUGUAUCAACCCUUACAAAAUGUCCAUUAAUUAUAGUUCACAUUUCCUGUUGCUGCAGCAUUAUUUUCCUGCUGUUGCAAACCUGCACAAAUGAAGAUCCUACAUCUGUAUACAACAUCAGAGAACGAGUAGUACUCUAGUUUCAGUAUUAAUGGUAGUGGUUGAGGAUAAGUUACACAACAGUGAAAAAUAAACUAGCGACAAUGUAAUGCAGUGUGCCCAUUUUGAACAGUGCAACUAACCUUGUUUAAUUCAACCAGGCUGAAUGUAUCUGAAUUGCUGUUCUAGACUGAAGUAAAUGGAUGAGAGUGCCCCCUCUGACCAUAUAUCAUUAUGCAACAUGUUUACUCAGCCUGAAGAACAUUUGAUCUGGCACAUAGCCGUGGCCAAAAGUUUUGAGAAUGACACAAAUAUACAUUUUCACAAAGUCUGAGUUUGUAUGAUGGCAAUUUACAUGUACUCCAGAAUGUUUUGAAGAGUUAUCGGAUUAAUUGCAAUUAAUUGCAGGUCCCUCUUUGCCAUGCAAAUGAACUGAAUCCCCCUUCCCCCCAAAAAAAAGUUCACUGCAUUUGUGGACCAGCUGACAUGUUAGUGAUUCCCUCGUUAACACAGGUGUGAGUGUUGACAAGGACAAGGCUGGAGAUCACUCUGUCAUGCUGAUUGAGUUUGAAUAACAGACUGGAAGCUUCAAAUGGAGGGUGGUGCUUGGAAUCAUUG